AAAGCAGGAAGUGUGCUGCUCCUCUCUCAUGUUGCUCUUCAGUCAUGAAGUCUCCGGUCCUCCUCCUGCUCCUUCUGUUGUCUCACCGAGCUGAAGGAGUCCAAACCCGGGACAGGACCAACUCCUCCCAUGUCCCGGAGCCGGACCGGCACCAGAACUCCUCGGACCUGGACCUGGUCCUGGAUGUGUCCUCGGUGCUUCGCCGGGUGGAUCCGCGCUUUCUGUCCGUGACCAUCGAUGCCAGCCUGGCUUCAGAGGAGAAGUUCAUGUUCCUGCUGGGCUCUCCAAAGAUCAGGACCUUGGCCCGAGCGUUGACCCCGUCUUUUCUGCGGUUUGGGGGCACGCAGCAGGACUUCAUGGUGUUCACUCCUCAGAUGGAUCAUCGGCGCGGCUCAGGUGGAGCUCCAGCUCUAUCCUGUGAUAAACUGGAGUUGCCUCCAUGGCUGGAGGAGCAUCUGAAGAAAGAGUGGACCCAACAACAGAUUCUUCUGAUGAAGGAAGACCUGAGGAGGAAAUACAGGAGAGUCAAGUUCACUGAGAACACCGUAGACAUGCUGCACUCCUUCUCCAACUGCUCUGGCAUGGAUCUGGUAUUCGGGCUGAACGCUCUCCUCAGAACGGCCGACAACACGUGGAACGGCAGCAACGCUCACCAGCUGCUCCAGUACUGUGAGUCCAGACAGUACAGGAUGGACUGGGAGCUGGGCAACGAGCCGAACAGCUAUGAGAAGAAGGCGAGGAUUCGAGUGGACGGCGAGCAGCUGGGUCAGGACUUCACCCAUCUCAGAGAGAUGAUGUCACAGUCCCAACUUUACCGCCACGCCAGGCUGUACGGGCCAGAUGUGGGUCAGCCGAGGGACCACAGGGCGGACAUACUGCAGGGGUUUCUGCAGAGUGGAGCUGAGGCGGUGGACGCCGUGACCUGGCACCAUUAUUACGUGAACGGCAGAGACACGUCUCUGGAGGACUUCCUGGAUCCAGAGGUUCUGGACUCUUUGACCAUAAAGACUAGUGAGGUCCUGGAGACAGUACGGCGGUUUUCUCCAGAGAAGCCGGUGUGGCUCGGAGAGACGAGCUCGGCCUUUGGGGGAGGAGCGCUCGGACUGUCGGACACGUUCGUUGCAGGAUUCAUGUGGUUGGAUAAACUCGGCCUCGCAGCCAAGUUGGGUCUGGAUGUGGUGAUGAGACAGGUGUUUGUGGGUUCAGGAAGUUAUCACCUGGUGGACGAAAACCUGGAUCCACUUCCUGAUUACUGGCUGUCUGUCCUCUAUAAGAGCCUGGUUGGACUGGAGGUUUUAAAAGUUGAAGGGUUUUCUAACUUUUCCAGACAUAAACGCGUGAGGCUGUACCUUCACUGUGCUCAUAAAAAGAGAUACAGACGAGGAGCCGUCACACUGAUCUCCAUGAAUCUGAGUAAGAAAGCCGUCAGGAUCUCAGUUCCUGCUCGUCUCUUGUCCAGCACAGUGGAGGCGUUUGUUCUUGAGUCGGAGCAGCCAGGAGAGCGGGGGCUCUACUCCAGGUCUGUGACUCUAAAUGGAGACGUUCUUAAAAUGGUGGAUGAUAAAACUCUUCCUGAUUUUAAAGGAGCUCGUCUUCCUCCGUCUGAACAUCUGCAGCUUCCUGCGUACUCACUGGCGUUCUUCGUCUUCAUUGAUGUUGGAGCUGCAGCCUGUUUCUGACCUCUGACCCAUGGACUCCUCAGAGUGACGGGUAAAUGUUUACUGGUAUCUCCUCUAAAGCAGCAGGCCAACGCUGCUCAUCGGAAUAAAACAACCUGGACUAAAGAGACAAACACUGAGACUGUGGGACGACUGGUGCUGAUUUCUCUGAGAUUUUUAUUUAUACAAAACUUGUUUUCUGUGUUAAUAAAUUUUAUUUCUUGUUGUAUUAAAA